AUGAAUAGCAGCGCAACAACCAACACCAACAACAAACUCAACAUAAGCAAUAACAAUGCGAUCAACGAUAUAAACAACACUAGCUAUCCUUCGUCCGCAAUGCUGAACACAUCGCCCAGACGUGGAACGAAGCGCAAAUCUUCGACAGUUGGUAAUGGGAUGUCUCCAGCGAUGCGGAAACGGCGCAAACUGCAGCACACAUCAAAUUCUAGCGAGUCCCGGUUGGAGCAGGUGCCACAAACCAAGAACACGGUGGCGGUACUCAACGAACUAAAGCGCAACCUGGUGUACAAAGUAGAAUCUCAGACCGGGCCGGUCCAUGCCCCGCUCUUCACAAUAUCGGUAGUGGUUGACGGUCAGAAGUUUGUCGGAACCGGGCCGAGCAAAAAGUUGGCCCGCGUCGCUGCCGCUGCAUCCGCUUUGCGCAGCUUUAUACAGUUCAAAGAUGGCGCCACACUAACACCGAUCGAACCGCUGCAAAACGUGGACUUUACCAGCGAUGAUCCGAUGAUCGAAAAUAACAUCUUUCCGGAUACCGUGUCCGGCAUGCAGGAAAAGCUCGUGUCCGCCGGUGGUAAAUCUGUGCCUGAAAACUCUACGGUCAAUUCAAACAACUCGCUACACAAUAACAACAACAACAGCAACCAUAACAACAAUAGCGGCAAAAGCCCAUACAUCCAUAGCGGCAAUAGCAUUAGCAACAUCAACAAGCCUAUUGCCAACCGCCAGUUAGACUUCAGCGGUAACAACACGGUACAUGCGAACACCAACACCAAAAGCAAGGAUGUCGUGGUACCGGCAAACGGCAACAACUGGCAGCGAAAGGACGCGAUCGCUACCGGCAGCGUACAUUCCGUUGCCGACGCUGAGCGGAAACCAGCGGUGGAGAUGCUGGCGGCAGGUACAGCAGCGGGUGGAGCAGCCACGUCGGCCAUCGGCAGCGUUAAUGCGCCCAUUCGAACAGCCCCAGCAGCGGCAUCCAGUAUCGUAACCAACAUUGCAGCUACUGGAACCACUUACAACGACAGUUACGAACAGUAUAUCAGCGUUAGUACUGGCGGUACCACUACUGUCACCGCUUCCACCGGUACCACCCUCAAAACUUCCACCGCUGCCAUCAUCCCCCUGGUACCAUCCUCCAUCUCCUCCUCCCUUACCCCCGCCCCGGUCAUCAUACCGAAACAGCCACCACCCACCAACAACAGUAGCGCGAGCGUUACCGAUUCCACCCACAGCAACACCUCCAAUGCCACUAACAGUACUGCCACCAUCCUAAUGCUGCCGCUGGCCGGCUACGUUAUGUCACCGAGCGAACCGUUGCUAGCGAAAACCCUUUGCACCAAGCCCGACCAGCGGGACGCAAAACCACACGAGGCGGCCGGUACGUUCAAGAAGCUGAAGGCGAAGAACGCUAAAUCGGCCGCGCUCGCGUCAAGCUGUCCACUGUCGGCGGCGGGCGAUUUUCAUCGCUUCGUCAACUACCUGCAGUACGAUUCGUUUAUGCUAAACGGCUCGAAGAAGCAACCAUCCUGCCAUAACAACUAUUUUAACAAGUUCGGCAACUUUGACACACCCAUCAACUCCUACCUAUCCCUGGUGCGUAACGAUCUUACGAGCGCGUCCAGCACCACCACCACCAAGCUGAACUCGAAAAAAGCGAUCGCAAAGGAUGGGCUGGUGGGUCGUCACAUACCGAUCGGUGGUGUUGCCGGUGGCGGUGGUGGCACCACCACCAACACUAGCAGCACCGGCGUUGUUGGCAUCCCUGCCGCCACCAGCGCUAUUGCGAACGGUAGCAAUCCCGCUGCCGCCAUUGUGAUCGUAACCUCGCCCACCUCCGUUAUCACGACCCACGCGCCUGGUGACAAGGGUUACAUACGCGAUUGUCCCAGCUCCAACACGGUUAGCUAUCCCUUCCCGAACACUGCCGCCAUCCCGCCCAACCUGACUCCCUACGCACAAAACGGUCAUCGGCAAGUGGUUGAAAAAAUUCAACAAAGCUUAAACUUAUUUAAAAAUACCAAUGAAAAGGCUCUAGCAUGGAAGAAGCGUUUCGAAAAGCUGAAAGUGUCAUCCGGUACCACGCUGCGCAACAGCGGGAAUGUCGCAUCCGGCCAUCACCCCAAACCGCAACCGGAGAAAGGACCGGUGAUGCUGUUGCACGAACUCUUUACCGAUGCGCAUUUCGAGUGUGUUUCGUCCGACGGUCUUCAGCAUUCGAAAUUCACCGUCGUCGUUACGGUAAACGAUAAUCAGCGUUUCGAAGGUACCGGACCGUCGAAGAAGAUGGCAAAGAAUGCUGCGGCCAAGGCGGCACUCGCCUCGAUCUGUAACAUCUCAUUCAGCCCGCUGCAGCAGUCCAAGUUUGGUUUGAUAUCGGCCGGCACCAGCAACGGUUCGAUCGGUGGACCGAGCGGUGUCGCACUGAACGGUGAUAACAGCUUCACGCAGAACAAAAAUUUUGAACUGCCACAAACGUUCGCGGAUGCGGUGGGCAAAUUGGUGAUCGAAAAGUUCAACGAGGUGAUGAAGGGUAGCGACGUGUACAGCCGACGCAAGGUGCUGGCCGGGUUCGUCAUGACCCACGGGUACGACGUGAAAACGGCACGGGUAAUUUCGCUGGCAACCGGCACCAAGUGCGUUAGCGGCGAACACAUGAGCGUUACCGGUUCGGUUAUCAACGAUUCGCAUGCCGAAAUUAUCGCGAGGCGCGGUUUGAUGGAUUUUUUCUACAGCCAGCUCGAUUUGCUUUGCCAGCAAGCGGUUGGUGCGGUGGUGGAGCUGGAACCAUCGAUUCCGGAUACGGUGGCCGGCCAUGAAACGGAACCGGCUGCCGGCACGGAUCGGCAGACUCGUCAAGAAAUCAUUUUUAACAAACCCGGCGACGGUUCGAACCUGUAUACGCUGAAGGAGGGCAUUUAUUUCCAUCUGUACAUCAACACAGCACCGUGCGGUGAUGCACGUGUUUUUAGUCCACAUGAAAACGAUAGCAUGGAUGUAGAUAAGCAUCCAAAUCGGAAAGCGCGCGGACAACUCCGCACCAAGGUUGAGUCGGGUGAAGGUACCAUACCGGUGAAGAGCAGUGACGGCAUACAAACAUGGGACGGUGUGCUGCAGGGACAGCGCCUGCUGACCAUGUCGUGUUCGGACAAAAUUUCUCGAUGGAAUGUGCUCGGUUUGCAAGGUUCGUUGCUUGCGUCCAUCAUUGAGCCAAUCUAUCUGCAUUCGAUCGUACUGGGCAGUCUGCUGCAUCCGGCGCACAUGUACCGAGCUAUUUGUGGAAGGAUUGAGAGUGCCAUACAAGGGCUUCCGCCGCCGUAUCGUUUGAACAAGCCGAAGCUUGCGCUGAUGACGUCCGCCGAAUCGCGCAAUCAAACCAAACCACCCAACUUUAGUAUUAACUGGAUCACGAACGGUACCGAGGUGGAGAUUGUGAACUCGUUCACCGGCAAGCUGAUCAACAACAAUACGAACACGAACAAAAUGUCCCGACUGUCGAAGCAAUCGUUCUAUCAGCGGUACUCGACCGUGAUCGCAAGACUGCCCGGUAUACCGUGCCGCGAGGUGAAACCGACCUACUUCGAGACGAAAACGUCCGUCGCGGAGUAUCAGCAGGCAAAGCGCGAACUGUUUGCCGCGUUCAGCAAGGAGGAUCUGGGUGAAUGGCUGAAGAAGCCGAUCGAGCAGGAUCAGUUCACGCUGAUCGUGGCGAAGGACGCGGAACAGCUGCCGUACGCUAACCAACCCCAAACAGUGCCAAUGCCGAACGAUGCGAAUACUACCGGCACCACCGUAGGUAACGUUUCUUCCAUCGGUAACAGCACCAAAUGA